GACUUCUGGCGCCGUUCGGCGCAGCUCCUGCCGCUCUUCCGCGGAAAUCCUCCGCGGCAGCUGUCGCUGAAGUCGGCCGAAAACGCGGCCGCGGGUUUCUUGGAGGUGCUGGCGGACAUGGGCUGGGAGUUGGAAGGCCUCACCUUGGAGCUGCCGAACGCCGCAGCGCUGGCGCCGCUUUGCCGCUGCAACUUCUCGUCGCUGAGGCUGCUGGCGCUGACGAGUCCGGAAACGGACAUGUCUUUGUUGCAGAAUCUGCGGAUGCCGCAACUGACGUUCCUGGACCUCUCGCGGAACUCCCUGUCGCAGGAAGACGCGGCGGUGGUGGCGGAGCUGCUGGACGCCUUGCCGCUGCAGACGCUGCUGCUGGGGGGCAAUGGCCUGGGCCCGGCAGGCCUCGGGGUGCUGGGUCCCGCGCUGGCGCGGCUGAAAAACUUGGAGCGCCUCGAGGUGUCUCAGAAUGGGCUGGGCACCACGGGGCUGGAGAUGCUGCCGCUCACCUUGGCGCUGAAGAGCCUGAGCCUGCGGAGCAAUUGGCUGGGCCCCACCGAGCUGGAGGGGCUGCUGAAUCUGCUGCGAUCCAUGAGCUCCUCGCUGACCUUUCUGGACCUCGCGCAUCUCGAUGUUUUAGAGAUCCUGAGAAAAGGAGGGUGUGGGCCAUCUUCUGCCUUGUUUGAUGUGGAGUGGGGGAUGUGA